AUGUCGCAAGUUGAUAAUCCAAUACAGAUUACGCACUAUAUUAAUCCUCAUCGAUUCUAUUACAAACCGGAAACGGCGUACAUGCAAGAACAUGAACAAGUAAAGUUUGCGACAGCAUUCAACGAGUACUGUGAAAACGAAUAUGGAAUAAUUUUCGAAACUGUUCGUAACACUCCAUCGUGGAAACAUCCAAAGCCGGGCGACUUGGUAGCACUGCGCAGUAAUCAGCUCCAGCGAUGGAUACGCUGCGAGAUGGAAGAUGUUAUGGUGGAUGUGAAUGAAACCACAUGGUACUAUUUGUGGGCCAUCGAUGAGGGCUUACCGAUUAAAACACUUACCACAUACGUACGGCCUCUACCGCAAGCUUUCGGGCAGGAACCGGCGCACGCGAAAAGAGGUGCCAUGAUAAACAUUCUGCCAGGGGAGACGCAAUACGAUUAUAUGGAAGACAAACCAAGACUGGUACCCAGCAUCAAGUGGAGUUGCGGCAUAGUGAGCACAUUAGAAUUGAUGUUGGAAAGUGCAGAAAGUAUUUCGUUUUUCCCAACCACUCAGUACGUACUGCAAAAUGAAACGAUUCAUGUUGGUGAAUUGUUUAUUACAACGCAAUCAAACAUAACACACAACGUGGGGAAAAAGCUUCGUGAAGCGUGCCCCAAUCAGUUGAUGUUUACGACAAAAGAUGCAACAUAUUUUAAAGGAAUCGUAUAUCUAGGCGCGUUAUACAAGCAACGAUACGUUAAUAAUGAAGGAUUUGAUAAUCAUGUCGUGAAUAAUUUUGUAACCAAAAUAAGCCGUUACGAUCCAACUAGCCCUCAAUACAUGGACACUCAAACGGAUACUAAGGUGUACGAAUGGUUGAAACAAAAUCAGGAAGCACGCAUUGCUAUACUGGCACAGCAAAAGGCUGCUAAAGACGAAAACAACGAAGCAUCACCAAUCCAGCAAACUACCAUACCAGCAAAGAACAAUCUUGCUACAGCAUCUGCAUUGAAAAAAUGUUUAGAACGUGCCAAAUACGAAAUAGAUAAAAAAGAUGCGACGACAAAUAUGACCGAUCUUUCUAUCCAAAAACGUGACGAUAGUGAACAUGCCGCUGUCUCGAAUAGCAAGCGAUCGAAUUUAAUGCAGAAAAUAAAACGACAGCAGGUUGUACGGCAGAUGAGUAAUACCGGCUGUGCAAGUUCAUCCAAUACUUCGGAAUAA